CCCGGCGGACAGCGCCCGGGAGCCCAGCUCGCAGGCCGGUGGCAAGGGGCGGCCGGGCGCGGCGGAGCUGCCAUCAGUCAUGCUGUUGAAUGGGGACUGCCCAGAGAGCCUGAAAAAGGAAGAGGGGGCUGCCGAACCGCCCCGGGAAAAUGGGCUGGAUGAGGCUGAGCCGGGAGAGGAGACCACUGGACAGGAAGUCAUUGUCAUUCAGGACACGGGCUUUUCUGUGAAGAUCCUGGCUCCUGGGAUCGAGCCCUUCUCCCUCCAGGUGUCCCCCCAGGAGAUGGUACAGGAGAUCCACCAGGUGCUCAUGGACCGUGAAGACACAUGUCACCGCACCUGCUUCUCACUGCACCUGGACGGCAACAUGCUGGACCACUUCUCAGAGCUGCGCAGUGUGGAGGGGCUGCAGGAGGGCUCGGUGCUACGCGUGGUGGAAGAGCCAUACACGGUGCGAGAGGCCCGCAUCCACGUGCGCCACGUUCGAGACCUGCUCAAGAGCCUGGACCCAUCCGAUGCCUUCAACGGGGUUGACUGCAAUUCCUUGUCCUUCCUGAGUGUCUUUACUGAUGGCGACCUGGGAGACAGCGGGAAGCGGAAGAAGGGCUUGGAGAUGGACCCCAUCGACUGUACACCGCCCGAGUACAUCCUUCCAGGGAGCCGGGAGCGGCCGUUGUGUCCUCUGCAGCCCCAGAACCGUGAUUGGAAGCCCCUGCAGUGCCUGAAAGUGCUCACCAUGAGCGGCUGGAACCCACCCCCCGGGAAUCGCAAGAUGCACGGGGACCUCAUGUACCUGUUUGUGAUCACAGCCGAGGACCGGCAAGUCAGCAUCACGGCAUCCACUCGGGGGUUUUACCUGAACCAGUCCACAGCGUACCACUUCAAUCCCAAGCCUGCCAGCCCCCGCUGCCUCAGCCAUUCCCUGGUGGAGCUGCUCAACCAGAUCAGCCCAACCUUCAAAAAAAACUUUGCCGCCCUGCAGAAGAAAAGGGUCCAGCGCCACCCGUUCGAGAGGAUCGCCACCCCAUUCCAGGUAUACAGCUGGACAGCGCCCCAGGCGGAGCACGCCAUGGACUGUGUGCGUGCAGAGGACGCUUACACCUCCCGGCUGGGCUACGAGGAGCAUAUUCCAGGACAGACCCGGGACUGGAAUGAAGAGCUGCAGACAACACGGGAGCUGCCUCGGAAGAACCUGCCUGAGCGGCUGCUGCGAGAAAGAGCCAUAUUCAAGGUACACAGCGACUUCACGGCGGCAGCCACGCGGGGCGCCAUGGCCGUCGUCGAUGGCAACGUGAUGGCCAUCAACCCCGGCGAGGAGACCAGGAUGCAGAUGUUCAUCUGGAACAACAUCUUCUUCAGCCUGGGCUUCGAUGUCCGCGACCACUACAAGGACUUCGGGGGGGACGUGGCGGCCUACGUGGCGCCCACCAAUGACCUGAACGGCGUGCGCACGUACAACGCCGUGGACGUGGAGGGGCUGUACACGCUGGGCACGGUGGUGGUGGAUUACCGCGGCUACCGUGUCACGGCCCAGUCCAUCAUCCCUGGCAUCCUGGAGCGGGACCAGGAGCAAAGCGUCAUCUACGGCUCCAUUGACUUCGGCAAGACGGUGGUGUCGCACCCACGUUACCUGGAGCUGCUGGAACGCACGAGCCGGCCCCUCAAGAUCCUGAGGCACCGGGUGCUCAACGACCGGGAUGAAGAGGUGGAGCUCUGCUCCUCCGUGGAGUGCAAGGGCAUCAUCGGCAACGAUGGUCGCCACUACAUCCUUGACCUGCUGCGCACCUUCCCCCCCGACCUCAACUUCCUGCCCGUGCCCGGCGAGGUGCUGCCCGAGGAGUGCACCCGCGCCGGUUUCCCCCGCGCCCACCGCCACAAGCUCUGCUGCCUGCGCCAGGAGCUGGUGGACGCCUUUGUGGAGCACAGGUACCUCCUCUUCAUGAAGCUGGCAGCCCUACAGCUGAUGCAGCAGAAGGCCAGCAAGAUGGAGACCCCCCCGUCACUGGAAAACGGCGACCCCCCAUCCUCGGAGUCCAAGCCCGAAGACCCUCCAGCACCCGAGGUGGGAAGCGAGGAGGAGGGCGGCAGUGCUAGUGGCCUGGCCAAGGUGAAGGAGCUGGCAGAGACCAUCGCCUCGGACGACGGGACAGACCCUCGCAGUCGGGAGGUGAUCCGCAACGCCUGCAAGGCUGUGGGCUCCAUCAGCAGCACAGCCUUUGACGUCCGCUUCAACCCCGACAUCUUCUCGCCAGGGGUUCGCUUCCCGGAGUCUUGCCAGGAGGAAGUUCGGGACCAGAAGCAGCUGCUGAAAGAUGCUGCUGCCUUCCUGCUCUCCUGCCAGAUCCCCGGCUUGGUGAAGGACUUCGCAGACCACGCGGUGCUGCCCAUGGAUGGGGCCACGCUGGCCGAGGUGAUGCGUCAGCGCGGCAUCAACGUGCGCUACCUGGGCAAGGUGCUGGACCUGGUACUCCGGAGCCCGGCCCGGGACCAGCUGGACCACAUCUACAAGAUCGGCAUCGGAGAGCUCAUCACCCGCUCUGCCAAGCACAUCUUCAAGACGUACUUACAGGGGGUCGAGCUCUCGGGGCUCUCGGCUGCCAUCAGCCACUUCCUCAACUGCUUCCUGAGCUCCUACCCCAACCCCGUGGCCCACCUGCCUGCCGACGAGCUCGUCUCCAAGAAGAGGAACAGGAGGAGGAGAAACCGGCCGCCAGGGGCAGCGGAUAACACAGCCUGGGCGGUCAUGACCCCCCAGGAGCUUUGGAAGAACAUCUGCCAGGAGGCCAAGAACUACUUUGACUUCAGCCUCGAGUGUGAGACCGUGGACCAGGCCGUGGAGACCUACGGGCUGCAGAAAAUCACGCUGCUGCGGGAGAUCUCCCUGAAAACCGGAAUCCAGAUUCUGCUGAAGGAGUACAGCUUCGACAGCCGCCACAAGCCCGCGUUCACGGAGGAGGACGUGCUCAACAUCUUCCCCGUGGUCAAACACGUCAACCCGAAGGCUUCAGACGCCUUUCACUUCUUCCAGAGCGGGCAGGCCAAAGUACAGCAGGGCUUCCUGAAGGAGGGCUGCGAGCUCAUCAGCGAGGCCCUGAACCUGUUCAACAACGUGUACGGAGCCAUGCACGUGGAGAUCUGCGCCUGCCUGCGCCUCCUCGCCCGCCUCCACUACAUCAUGGGCGACUACGCCGAGGCCCUCAGCAACCAACAGAAGGCUGUGCUGAUGAGCGAGCGAGUGAUGGGCAUCGAGCACCCCAACACCAUCCAGGAAUACAUGCACCUGGCCCUCUACUGCUUUGCCGGCAGCCAGCUGUCCACGGCCCUGAGCCUGCUGUACCGUGCCCGCUACCUCACACUGCUCGUGUUCGGGGAGGAUCACCCUGAGAUGGCCCUGCUGGACAACAACAUCGGGCUGGUGCUGCACGGAGUGAUGGAGUGUGACCUAUCGCUGCGCUUCCUGGAGAAUGCGCUGGCCGUCAGCACCAAGUACCAUGGGCCCAAGUCCCUCAAGGUGGCCCUCAGCCACCACCUGGUCGCCCGGGUCUAUGAGAGCAAAGCCGAGUUCCGGUCAGCCCUGCAGCACGAGAAGGAAGGCUACACCAUCUACAAGACGCAGCUGGGCGAGGACCACGAGAAGACCAAGGAAAGCUCUGAGUACCUCAAGUGCCUGACCCAGCAGGCCGUGGCCCUGCAGCGCACCAUGAACGAGAUCUACCGCAACGGCUCCAGCGCCAACAUCCCGCCCCUCAAGUUCACAGCCCCCAGCAUGGCCAGCGUCUUGGAGCAGCUGAACGUCAUCAACGGCAUCCUCUUCAUUCCUCUCAGCCAAAAAGACUUGGAGAAUCUGAAAGCCGAGGUGGCACGGCGGCACCAGCUCCAGGAGGCCAGCGGGAACAGGGAUAAGGCUGAGGAGCCCAGGGCUACUGAGCCAGAGCCAGCAGGGGCCUCAGAGGAUGCGGCCUCCCAGCCCCCAGCUGCCAAGGACCCUCCUUCCUUGAGCUUGCAGGGGUAG